GAUCGGUGUGUGGAGACGGUAAUAAAUUUGAGCAAUACAAAAAAAAGACUCUUCUUCGGAAAGGCAAAGACCAGAAGACUCUUCUUGUGGUCAAGGAUGAUCGAACCCUCGAGUGACGGUGAAGUGCAAGCAUAAAAAAACAAACAGAUCGAAGUAACAGCAAUCGGUGGAGUCAUAUUUUUGUUUUGUGCCUCUUAGAAACAGUGGAUAUAAGAAAACCUCACCCCAGACAGCUGUGAAGCGAACAAAUUUUCCUCUUUUUUCCGCCGCCGCACAUGUACAUCUAUAUGGUUCAUUAAAAGUGUGGCAGAACUUUGGCACUGGCGACGAGUAACGACGACGACUUCGACUUCGACGACGACCUGUGGCAAUGCCCCGGCGAAUUGUGCGGGUAAUUUCCAGCUCGGUUUAAUUUGGUCUAAGUCUAAGCCAAAUGGGCAUGCGCACCGUUGGCCGCUGUCAUUCGAAAGUUGCCUCUGCGUGACACACAUUCGAGCAUUAGAGUUGGACUCUUCUCCACACCGGCAGACAAGUUGGAGCGCUGCCCUGCCGCAUCUGGGAGAUACAGAUACACCAAAGGGGGACUGGCAGCCAGGGGAUUAUUCUGCUCUGGCCUGGGCCCAAGUCCAAAGUCGGCUCUGUUGCAUUAUUCAUGCUCUUCGGCGGCAAGCACAUCGCCAUCGACCGCAUCCCCAUCCACAUCCACGUCCACGCAACGGGAACGGCAUCCACGAACGAAGAUGACGCUGCGCUUAGUCAGCAUAUUAUCGGCGGCACUACUUCUCCUUUGGCCCGCACAGCUGGAUGCAUUUAUCACACCGAAUACAGGGUGUCACCACAAUGGCACGUGGUUCGCGGACAAAUCGGUGGUGCCCAGCAUGGAGAAGUGCCUGAGUUGCCAGUGUAACCGGAAGACGCUGGUGUGUCGGCUGAAGGUCUGUCCCGAAAUGCCCAUGCCACCGCCCCGAGGUUGUGUAGUGGUCCAGAAGAAGAGCUCCUGCUGCCCCUAUCUUUCCUGCGCCAGAUUGGAUGCGUUCUACAAGAUACCCACCAAGCGACGCAUCAUCGCGUAUCUGGAUCACUAUGAGAGGGAGUCCAUCGAUCGGGUGGUCAAUGAUAAUAUGCUCCAAAGACGAUCAGAUGAUUCCGACACGGAUCUGUUCGUUUGUGUGAAAAAUGGAACCGUCUAUAAGUCUGGGUCUGCAAUGUCAUCUUCGAAUUUGUGCAGCUACUGCUAUUGUAUAGGUGGCACCGAGAAGUGUGUGAAGCCGAAGUGCAUGCUGCCCGUGGACGGCUGCAAACCCAUUUUCGUGGACUCCACUUGCUGUCCCGUACGAUAUGACUGCAGUAGCAAGACCUCGGGGAAGUCCUCGCAGGAGGUGCGCUACAGGAAGACAUCGAACAAGCACUUCCAGCGCAUGUCGCAGCGUCUGCAGCGCAAUCGAGGCUGCACUGUGGGCGCCCAGUUCUACGCAGAGGGUCAGAAGAUGCGGUCGGAUGCGGACAAGCCCUGCGACAUAUGCUUCUGCAUCCGGGGAACAAGGCGGUGUGCCCCCAAGAAGUGCUCCCCGGCUCUGAAGAACUGUAUUCCGGUGGUGCCGAAGGGCCAGUGCUGCCCAUCGAGUUACGACUGUGGCAGUCAGCGGGACUAUCGCAGAUCGCACAAUUCUAGGCAGUUCAAUCUGUACAAUAUGCUCUUUGGCAAGGAGGAGCCGGAGCCACAGGGGACAGCUUUGAUACCCCAAAAUUCCAUGGCCGAGAGAUAUCCGCACGAUCGUCAUCCCACGAGAGCUGCUGCGGGGAAUCCCCUGGAGGUCAGCAGUGAGAAGAGCAUUAUGGAUACCCUUCGCGAGGGUCUUGAGUUUAUCGAUGGAAAUAACAACAAAAUGCUGGCCAACAAUUUGGACCUUGUGGGUAUUGGAACCACGCAAGCACCACCUUUGAUGAGAACGGAGUCCAGUGAGGAGGUAAGCAGCACUACGGCCCUGAGCUUUUUCGAUCUGCUCUUGGGUCCCACUACGGAGAACACGGGGCACGAAGAAGUUAGCCAGCCAGAGUCAACUACGGCUAAGAACACACUCUCCUGGAUGGAUAUCCUGCUGGGACCUGAUGAGGAGGACCUGAACCCCAAAACGGAAGCGUAUUCGGAGACGAGUACCCCACUGAAUCAAGCCGCAGAGUUCAGACCUUCAACAAAAGGCAUAAAGCGCAUUGCAGAGGACUUUGAUGAGCAGUUGGACAGCGGAGAAAUGGCAGCGGGUGAGCUGCCGGCGGAGGCCCAACAAAUUGGUCUGGCGAAUGCCGGAAUUUGGCCAACACCAGCCACCGAGGUUAUGCCGCCUCGAAAGGAGGAACCCAGUCUAUUGACAGCCUUGAUGGAUGGUUUGUCUGGUAUACUCGAAGAACCCCUCAACCAGACCUCUACGACUACAACCACAACCACUGAGAGACCAACCACUCACGCUCCACCGAUGUUUAGACCCCUGCCGAGUGGCAAGCCCCUUCACACCCGAAUCAACUCGAAACUGGCCAAUCUCACGGUGACACCCCCCAUGCUGGUGGUGACCAGCAAAUAUGGUCAGCCGGUGACCCACAGAACGGCAGAUAAGAGGGUCAAUGGGUCAACCACUAGCCCCACAAUAGUCAAAGCCCCUGUAAAACCAAGUAAUAGCACAACCCAGCGAACAAAACUAGAUACUGCCAUCAAAACCACAGCAAAACCAAGCACUACGGUCAAACCCAAGAUGAAGACUACGAGAAAAACUACAACCACACCGAAAACUACAACACCCAAGCCAACUACUCCAAAACCUUCAACAACAAAGUCCACCACUCCAAAACCCACCACCCCGAAACCCACCACACAGAAGCCCACCACUCCGUUACCAUCUUCUCCGAAACCCACAACCACUUCCACAACAACAACAACCACUAUACGAUCCACAAGCAAACCGAAAUUUAAGCCAAAGCCCAAACCUUAUGUAACUAGCACUCCGAAACCUAUGGUGAUCAAAACAAACCCAAGUAUUUUGGAAGCCGAACCACUGGACACCAAUGGUGAACCCACAUUGCCACCCAGUCUGCCGAAUCUGAAAAUAAUACCGUUCCUCCCAACCGAUGCUGUGGACACGGUUCCCAAGGAAAAGUAUCCGCCAAACUUCUAUCAGCAGAAAGUGGCCUCCGAUAAAAUGGAUGUGGUUGGAUAUGACACCAUUGAUGAUUCGGUGGCUCUAUUUUCUCAAUCCCAGCCCGAUCAGGCUGCCUACAAGUACAAGUUCAAUGUGGAAGUUCCAGCCGUGGAAUCCGCACCAGAACCUGUGGUUCAUGUGGGUGGGAAAUAUGAGGGCAGUGCGGCUUACGUUAACUUCGAUUUCGAUAGUCCGGUGGUGCCGCCCCCUCACAAUGGAUUCUCACCACCCACCGAAACGGAGGGAGGAUUCAUGCCCAAGGAACCACUGGUUAUCGAUGGGGAGGUUCUCCAGGAGCAUGUCACCUCAAGCGGAAUCAAUGGACCAGCUGAUAACUUCCAUGUUACGCAGCACAUUAUCGAUAUCACAACAUCGGGGUCACAGGCAAAUGAUACCGCGCCGAUAGAAAUAACCACACCCGAUCCUUUCAAGGAUGUCAUACACACUGAGCCGCCGCCCAAUCUCGAUGAAUUAAUCGUUGACAAGAAGCCCAUCGAAGAGCAUAUCGAGACCGUCACAUACAGUGUCAGCAAUUCAACAGCCUCAUCUAAAUCCUCAACCAGCAGCAGCAGUACAACAACAACAACAACAACGACGACAACCAAGCCAACAACAACGGAAAAGGAAACCCCCUUGAUAGAUAAAUAUGAAAUCAAUAAAUUAGAUAAGCUCUUGGAUGAGCUGCUCGGUAUGGAGUUGUCCAAAGAAGAGGUAGUGAGCAGCACAGUGCCAGCAUUUAAGCAACUGCCAACGGAAAAAUCCGUAGCAACAGCAACAGCAGCAGCAGCAACAGCAACACCGGCAGCAGCAACAAGCACACCAGCAACAACAGCCACAAGUCGGCCAACAGCGACGACACGUGCUCCGGCCAAAAAGGGAAAUAGCAAAACGAAAAACAAACAGACCAACGGCAAUAGACGCAAAGUCCAGAAUGCCACGCGACGCCAAAGCACAGCAGCAACCACUAGAGCCCCACCAGCAACAUCAUCGGCAUCAUCUGCGUCAACAACCACGGGGCAGCCCACAACAACGAAGAGCACUCUGCAUCCAUUUUUAAACUCCCCGUUCGACAAAUUACCCUUCAUGGAUACCAGCUAUGAGGUAAGACCGCACCGAUUGCAGCCGCAGCAGCAGCAGGCGUUGCAGGCACCGCAGCAACAGCAGCAACAUGAGCAGCCACCGCAGCAAUUCCACCAUUACCAACAUGCAACAAGACCUCCGACAACCGUUCCCCCGGCAACAUCCCCGGAGGAUGUGCCUCAGGAUUUGGGAUCGGGUUCGGUUUCGGGGGAGAGGAACGGAAGUGGCGGAGCAGGAGGAUUUCCGGGUGGCGAUGAUCCCCUCGGUCAGCUGAAACUGGCGGGCUGCAACAUUUACGGACGCAUGUACCGGGUGGGUCGGAUUAUCGUGGAAUUAUCCAGCCAGUGCCUGGAAUGCAAAUGCACCGAGGUGGGCGUCAAGUGCGGCCCAUUAGACUGUUAAUUUAGAUAUCCCCCAAGAUCGAAAUCCCCCCGGGAGUGUAUAGAAGUUAAGUGUCAGUUCGUAGCAAUAGUUUGUAGUUCGUAUGCUAAUCCCUAGCUGUAACUAACUAAAAGGUAGUGUAGGCCUUCUCUAGACCCUAAGUUGUAUUAUAGAAAAAGUAAUCCCUUUGAGAACAAUCUUUAUCUUUAGCAAGGCAUUUAUAAAAUCCAUAAACUAAGAUUAUUGUAAGAAGACAUAUACAUUAAAUGGCUAUAAUAAAAUACAUU